AUGUCAAACCUUGCAAAACUCGAAUUUGUUGCUCUUGAUAUUACAAGAAACAACUAUCUGUCUUGGGUGUUAGAUGCUGAAAUACAUUUAGACGCAAAUGGACUUGGUGAUACUAUUAAAGAAAACAAUACUGAAACAAGCCAAGAUAAGUCUAAAGCUAUGAUAUUCCUUCUCCAUCACCUUCAUGAAGGCCUUAAGACUGAGUACUUGACUGUUAAAGACCCACAAGUCCUUUGGAGUAAUCUAAAGGAAAGGUAUGACCACCAGAAAACUGUGAUAUUACCAAAAGCUCGUUAUAACUGGUUGCAUUUAAGAUUACAAGACUUUAAGUCUGUGAGUGAAUACAACUCAGCCAUGUUUAGAAUUACAUCACAAUUGAAAUUAUGUGGAGAGAAAAUCACGGAUGCAGAAAUGUUAGAAAAAACAUACUCUACUUUUCAUGCAAACGAUGUUGUCCUGCAGACACAAUACCGUGAAAAGGGUUUUACAAAAUAUUCUGAAUUGAUAUCUUGUCUCCUUGUGGCUGAGCAAAAUAAUGAACUAUUAAUGAAAAAUCAUGAAUCACGCCCAACUGGCUCUACUCCAUUCCCUGAAGCGAAUGCGACAUCCCAUAGUGGGAAAGAGCAAAAGGCUAGAGAUUACGCCAGCAGUCGUGGUCGAGGUCGUGGUCGCGGCCGCGGACGUGAAAAUGACCGUGGUCGAGGUGGUCAUUUUAGGAACUCAUACUCUCACCAGAAGUGGGACAAUUAA